CCCUCUUGAGGCUGAUCCCUGAGCCGAGGGCCUGGGCCGGGGAGCUCCGCUGGGCUUGCGGGCAGCGGGGACGUUUCGGGAGCGCGGACGCAGCUUCCACCGCCGGCUCUCCCGGCCAGGCCGGCGGCCAUCAGUCGCCUCAUCCUCAGCCGCAGCGUCUGGGCCGCCUCGCUCCAUCUUUGCGCUUCCCGGCCGCUCGGCGGAUGCUGCCCGGGCCCGGGGCCGAUCGCUCUGCUUCCGAGGCUGCGCGGCGGCGGCGGCUGCGGCGGCUGGGCGAGCACUGUGGGCCGGCCCGCGACGUCACGGCGGCGGCGGCGGCAGCGGCGGCGGAGCGGGGUUGCGCAGCCCCGCCGCAUUGCCAGGGAUGCGAGGCUGAGCCGCCAGGCGGAGGCGGCGGCGGAGGAAGAGCCGGUGGCGCCCGCAUCGGAGGGAGCGCCGCGGACCGAGGUCUUGGGCUGCCUUGAGGAGGUGUCUUCUGACAGUCCGCUCUGUCCCCCAAGGCCCUUCCAUGGGUAGCUUCAAUGCCGCAGGUACCCUGGCGAAUGGGACCGAGGAUGGAUAGCCCCCCCAAACUGACAGGAGAAACGCUGAUAGUUCACCAUAUUCCUCUGGUGCAUUGCCAGGUCCCGGACCGGCAGUGUAGCAGCACCAGCCAGCGGACCAAUCCUUUCUUUCCUUCUGACCUGGGGGUCGGGCGGACCAGUUCACUCCCUGAGAGGACCCUCCUGCAGGCAGACUCGCUGGUCUACAACAGUCUCCUCAGGGCAUCAGUUGAGGCUCCAGAAGAGGGGCCAGUGAGUGGGCAGAGCCCUUCCCCCACGCUGGCUGCCCCCCCAGCCCCUCAGAGGCAGAACCCCUUCCUGCUGAGAGACGAGGCCUGGGAUCUCUGUGAGGAUGACCCAGGGCAGAAGCCCUUCCACCUGCAUGUUGGCCGGUCCGCCUUCCGCCUGCAUGAGCCAGCACUGCCUCCCUUCCAUCUGCAUGGCAGUAGCCCUGUGGUGAGGCCCUGGUGUGGCAGCCACCGGGUGGACGUGGUGGAAGGCCACGCUGACCUACCGGCCGACGAGGAGACACAGGACAAGGGCCACCUGGCAACAGAAUGCAUGGAGCUGGACGAGUACAGCUGCCACCGUGGGGACCCCUCCAGCCUCUCCCUGGAGCAGGAGUGGGCUAGCGAGUCAGAUGACCUGAUGAACAACCCGGAGGCCAUCCGCAGCCGGACGUGCAGCUGCUCCAACUCUGAACUGCAGCGCUGCCGGUGCUACAGCCUCUCGAGCCAGUCGGAGCCCCUGGACCAGCAGAUGGGCUACGUCAGCGACUCCUCCUGCAACAGCUCCGAUGGUGUCCUGGUCAACUUCAGCACCCUCUACCAGAGGCGGAACGGUCACCCUCACACCAACCUGAACUCGGGUCCCUUGUCCUGUGACUCCUCUUCGGGCAGCCAGUCAGACAUGGCCGCUUUUUAUCUUGACCUGCACUCCUCAUCGCAGGAGUCGAAGAUGCCUGGAGAGCUGCAGGAUCUGGAGGGGCCAGGGAAGGCCUGUGGGUGCCACCAUCCCUCUUCUCCAGUCCUGGAUGCCAACUGCAACUCCUAUCCACCACUCUGCGAUCCGUGCCCAUCCGAUGGCUCUGACCUGACCGCGUGCUUCCAAAGCCAGGCACGGCUUGUGGUGGCCACCCAGAACUACUACAAGCUGGUGACGUGCGACUUGUCCUCCCAAUCUUCCCCCAGCCCUCCUGGCUCCUCCAUCACCAGCUGCUCCGAGGAGCAGGCCAGGGGGAGCCCCCUCCAACCCACCGAGUAUUACCUCUUCCAGAGACCCGGGGAGAGCGACACGGAGGAGUCCCGGGAUGAGUCACAGGAGGAGUCAGAGAAGAACGCCAUCGAAGGACAGGUCUACAUCAACGUCUCCCCACCCAGCCUUGUUGGAGGCAGGCAGCGCUCACGGAGCUAUGAUCGCCACCUGGACCGCAGCCCCUCCGCCCGUCUGGGCUCCCUGGAGCGCAUGCUGAGCUGUCCGGUCAAGCUGAGCGACAGCCCCUCCUUGGCCCUCCAGAGCUCCCCUCCCAAGCGCGUCACCUCCUUUGCAGAGCUGGCCAAGGGCCGGAAGAAGAAUGGCUCCUCCCCACCCAUUCGGACCAGCCGGGACUCAUCCCUGGAGUUCUCGUCCAUCCCCGAGAGCCAGAGGGACAGCUCUGUCUUUCUAGAGAGUCAGGAGCGGCACAGCCAGAGCCUCCCGCCCCUGCCGUUGGCACGCUCUGAAGGUGAAAAUGCCAGAAAAGGCUCCAGGGAGGUGCCCACCUGUGGGCAGGAGGGGGGCGAACAGCUUUUUUUCUCCGCAGUGUCAGAGACGGGAGCCGUUGGCAGCAGCAUUAUUGGCCAGAAGGACAUUCGAGCCCGAGCUGAUGGUGGCGCAGCAGAUGGCAAAGUGGUGCGCUACAGCAAGGACCAGCGCCCUACCACGUUACCCAUCCAGCCCUUUGUCUUCCAGCACCAUUUUCCCAAGACGUCGAAGAGCCGGGCCCUGCACAGCCAUUUGGCCUCCAGCCUCUCCCAGCUCUACGGCCUCUCGGCCACCACCGCCACUCGCCCAGCCAGCCGACCCCUCUCCUCUGCUUCCCAGUCCUCCACCUCCACCGAGGGGCCUGUGGGGCAAGGCCAGCGUUCUGCUGAUGGGGCGGCUUCUCUGGGCGACGGCCAUGCCAAGAGAGGGCCAGGGCCGGAGACCAUCCGCCUUUCCCCGCUGGGCAGCUACUCUCCGGUGCGCAACAACGUGCCUUUCUUCCAAAGCGGGGAGUCCUCCUGCUCGCCUACCCCAGAGACGCAGCCCCCCCGCAGCAAGUCCUGCCCAGUCUCUGCCAACCUCCUGCCCAGCACCAAAGCUUCCCCAGCUGCUGGCAGCUGUGCCACCCAGAGGGGUGCCGGGGCUGGUGUCCUGCACAAGCAGAGUGAGAGCUCCUCACCAGUGGCCAAGAAGGAGGAACCCCCAGGCCCCCCUGCACCACUGGCCAAGGACCGGCUCCUCGGUGGCUCCCUCUUGCCGUUGUUAUCCGGUGGCUGGAGCCUGGCCAGAACGGAGAGCCACAGUGAACCCCAAUGGAAGAUAGGGUGCAGUGAGGCUGCCAGCUUCAGCUCCUUGGGUGUUGGCGUCCCGCGGCCCCUCAAUGCCAACCACCUCUCUCUGCAAGCCUUGAAGUGGCGGGAGUACCGGCGGAGGAACCCCUUGGGACUGGACCGCGUUUCGGACCUGGCAGGGCUGACUGGCCACCUGGACUGGAAGCAGCCGGAGAGCAAGCUGCCCUGGAGAAACCCCCUGCUGGAGAUGCCAGUUGGCCGCCCUGGACCCAGACUCCACGGGCCGGCAGUGAAACAGUCCCAGCACAGCUGCCCCGACUUCUUCCCCGACUAUUUUUCAUUGGCCGAAAAACCACCAGCUGAGUUCUGCCUGUCCCCGGACAGCAACGCGGAGUCUGUCUCCAUCGAUCUGUUGCAGAAGAAGGGUCUUGUCAAAGCAAUCAACGUGUCCGUAGACCUCAUUGUGGCCCAUUUUGGGACCAGCCGGGAUCCUGGAGUGAAGGCCAAACUUGGGAACAGCUCGGUGAGCCCCAAUGUGGGGCAUCUCAUCUUGAAGUACCUGUGUCCAGCCAUCCGGGAUGUCCUGAGUGAUGGGCUCAAGGCCUACGUGCUGGACGUGAUCGUUGGCCAGAGGCGGAACGUCCCCUGGAGCAUCGUGGAGGCCUCCACCCAGCUCGGACCCUCGACGAAAAUCCUGCACAGCCUCUACAGCCGCGUCAACCAGUACCCGGAGCUCACCAGCCACAGCAUGCGCUUCAACGCCUUCAUCUUCGGCCUCCUCAACAUCCGGUCCCUGGAGUUCUGGUUCAACCACCUCUACAACCACGAGGAUGUGCUGCAGGCGCACUACCAGCCGACAGGCUUCCUGCCUCUCGCGCACGGGGCCUGCCAGGGCCUCUUCGAGGAGCUCCUGCUGCUGCUCCAGCCGCUCUCCCUGCUGCCCUUUGGCCUGGACCUGCUCUUCGAGCACCACCUGCUGCAGGUGGGCAGGUGGCAGCAGCAGCAGAAAGAGCUCCUGCGAGGCCAGCAGGGCCUGCUGCUCUCUGCCCACUCCACCCUACAGCUCAUGCGCACCCGUGGCACCCAGCGGGCUGGCGAGGGCUCCCGGGGCCCGCCCCCCCUGGAGAGAGCAGCGCAGCUAGCCAAGGGGGGCCCGGAGCUGAAGAAGGACAGGCAGGCCAGCUGGUGGCUGCAGCUCACCCAGAGCUCCCAGGUCUACAUCCAGGACUCCCCGGAGGGCGCCCGCCUCGCCCACCACGAGCGCAAGAAGAGGGCGGGGGCCAGGCCGGCAGAGGCUGCGAGGGGCCCUCCCCCGAGGGAGGGGGUGGUGGAGGGGGCAGAGGCCCCCCCACCCACAGAAGCCCCCCCAGUCACAGAGAGGCUCCCGGCUGAGGAGGCAAAGCCGCCCUGGAAGCCAGGCCCUCCGGCCAGGGAGGAAAGCAAGGAGAAGGGCCGGCCCUUCUGGAUGGGCAGCCCCCCGGAUGCAGUGUUGGCAGAGCUGAAGCGCAGCAGAGAGCAGGACCAGGCAACUGCCCUGGGGAAGGAGCAGCCCGCCACCCACGUCCCCAGCAGCGGCCAGCCCAAGUGGGCGUACCUCUUUGGUUCCCACCAGGCGCCCAAGGAGCCCAAACAGGCCAACAGGAUGCCCUCUGGCUGGCUGAGCUUGGACCGCUCCAUCUUCCAGCUGAUGGCCCAGACAGUGGGCGCAAGCAUGUGGCGAGAGACCGAGACGGCACCCAAGCAGCUGCCCAUAGCCAAGGGGCAGCCGUCGGACGGGAGGGCCUCCCCUAGCACCCCAUGCUCAUUUUUAAAAAGAAACCUCCCAACUGAAGGUGCCGCGCAGAAGACAAUUUGUUCAACUGGCUGCAAAGACAGGGACUUCCAAAAACCUCUACAUGGAGGGAAACUGAAGGAGAGAGAGUUGUGCUACUUGCCCUGACCCCAGAAACCCGAAGCCAAGAAGCUGGUCAGGGCUGAAUUUGACCUAGAUGAACAUCUGGUCCUCCUUCAGGAUGUGGAGGCAACGGGGAGGGGGGGGGGAGGGAGAUUUGACACCACUCCUUUGUAGUAGCUCCUCUUUCUGCUGUGCUUGGCGUUCAGCUGCAGGCGUUUUGUUGAUGUCCCUUGGCACAGGACUUGUGCAAAGAGUGAGUGGGGAUCUUCAGGUGAAGAUGGUGAUGGUGAUCUCAGCGGGAAGGAAGAGGAUCCAUCGGGCAGACAGUGAUUGAUUUUCCAGUUUUCUCUGAAGAUGGACAGGAGCGAGCAGAACCUCCCCCGUCCAUAACUGGGGUGGGGGAGGUCAAGACCUGGGAAAAGAAGAAAGACCCACGCUCAUUGCACUGCACGCAACCUGGAGUCCUCAAAGAGAUCAAACAGAAAAGACAUCCCACAACACAACGCUUAUUUGAAGGGGGUCUCUUUCUCCUGGGGCCCCAAAGUCUCCCUCCUGGGUGCUGGAUUCAGGGGCUCCCCCCGAGGAAGGGGGGAGAGGAGGGGCUGUGAGGAAAAGCUGGUCCCUCCCUGGUCCCUUUCUCUGCCUCUCCUUCUACGUCUGGAUUCCAGCAAUGUUACCAGCCACAAACUUCCACCCCUGCAUGGCGACCUUAUGGUUUGCGCUGCCUGGAGCACCUGGAGAAUUUUGAUGAAUGGUCCUCGACAUACAACAGUUCAUUUAGUGACUGUUCGAAGUAACAACAGCAUUCAAAGAAGUGACUUACGACCGCUUUUCAGACCUAUGAUCGUUGCAGCACAUGAUCCAAAUCAGGGUCACAUGAUCCAAAUUCAGACGCUUGGCAAAUGACUCACACUUAUGACGGUUGCAGCGUCCCGGGGUCAUGUGAUUCCCCCUUUUGUGACCUUGUGACAAGCAAAGUCAAUG